UGUUGAAGUGUACAUUCCUUCACUUCAAAUUAGAAAGUGUAUUUAGUGUAAAUCCUAAACGAUCAAUUCUGCACUAGAUUUUAACAGGUCGAAACCGAUUUAGAUGAGUUGAGUUUUCCACGCCAGAACACAACUUUUCAUCAUAAUGUUUUGUACCGACUGUGGAAAAAAGCUUAAAAGCCACUGGCGAUUCUGUGCGCAUUGUGGUUCUAAAAAGCCAUUUCAGGAUGGAGAGGACACAGGACAUGUCGAAACAAUAGAUUAUGAAGACUUGGAUUUUGGAAGUGAUGCAUUGCCAGAUAAUGUAUUGAUGAACGAUGAUACACUGGUGUCUCAAGAGGACAUGAAAGAAUCCCAGAGGAUUUUGAAGGAGAGUGGCUUUAAUGCGCUGAUGAAAGAGUUCUCUGACAAAAACAAUUCAUGGAAAAAUGUUCAAAUUAAAAUUGCACUCACUGGCCAAACAGGAGUUGGGAAAUCCUCAUUGAUUAAUGCUCUACGAAAUAUGAAAGAGGACGAUGUCGGAGGUGCUAAGAUUGGAUGCACUGAGACAACCAAAGAACCGACCCCCUAUUCGUACAGAGAGAAUGAAAAUGUUGUGCUUUGGGAUUUACCCGGAGUUGGCACGCCAAUGUUUCCUAAAGAAGCAUAUCUUGAGAAGAUUCAUUUCGAAGAAUAUGACUCUGUUCUGAUUGUUUCCAACACUCGUUUCAAAGAAAACGACACGUGGCUCGCACAACAGAUUUCUGUCAAAUAUCCUAAUUCAAAUCUGUUUUUCGUAAGAACGAAAGUUGAAAACGACUUACGCAGGUAUCAAGAGGCGCAUGGCAGGAUAUUGUUUCCGGAAGAAAGAAACCAACUUUGUAAGAAAAUUAGAGAUGAUUGUAUGGAGAAUCUAAUAAAGGAAAAUAUUAAAGAUGCCAGGAUAUUUCUUGUCAAUUCUCACAGAACAAACGAGUUUGACUUUGGAAAGCUACAGAGUAUGCUUAUUGAAAAAGUAUCUUCAUUAAAACGCGACGCGAUGAUCCUUUCCUUAUCCAGCGUUUCAAAUGAUGUUGUAGCCGAGAAAAUACGUGUCUUGGAAGGCAGAAUCGCCCAAGUUUCUUUGGCUGGAGCAUUUGCAGCCAUAAGAUUGUUGAGAAAACUGCUUAAUAUUGUAAGUUUGGAAGAAAAAGAGGCUUCGCCAUCAAAGAUUAGCAGCCUACUAUUAAAACGGCUUGAAUCUAGCGAUUACAAUUUUACUGAACAAGAAAUAAACUAUUUACUUCAACAAAUCAUAUUGACUUAUCUGCAAAGCUGCAAUGCCAAAAUAAAAUUACCAGAAGCUUUUCCAAGCAACCGGCCCGAUCGUCCCAUGCGUCGACAGCUUAGUUCAUACAUGGACCAGGCAAAUGAAAUUAUUGCAAACUUGCCCGAAAAUAAAUCUGAGUAUAACUUGAGAAUUUUUGCUCCAAAUGGCAAUGACCGCGAUGAACAGAUAGAAGCUGUUCUUCAGAGACAGACACGGUGGAACAACGACAGAUUCAACGAUUCGUUAAUCCCAAGAAGGGUGAAUACAAAUAACUUUUUGGUGUUUUCAUUUAGUUGUGCAACAAUUCAGGGAAUCAUUACUCGAUGUAAAAAUAACUUGAAUGGCUCUUCUUUAACACAACGAGAAUUGAACAUUCUCGAUUCAACUUCAAUGAUUGUUUAUGCAACUGCAACCUUAUCACAAGAUAUGUGGGUCGGAUUUGAAGGAGAAAACCAAACAGAACAUAGCACAAUCAAGAUACAUGACGAACCAGUAUUGAUUGUAGCAGAGUACAAUUUUCAAGAAGCCGUCUUUUCUUUUAUCAAGCAAAAUAAUAUAAAAGAACUCUGUAGCGUCAUGCUUGUUGACGACGAGGCGCGCACACAGGGCAAACAAAGGAAUGAUGACGUUUUGCUUGCAUAUGCCUUACCCGGGAAUAUAAUGGAGAAUGCUGAUGCUUUGCUGGAAAGAUUUGCAUUCCGCAUAUUAAAGCGAUUGAUUGAAUCGGCAAGAAUAAAAUUUGACUCGGCGCCUCAUUUAAACGUUGAUAUGGAUGAGACAAUGCUCGUAGUUUGUGACGGUAUUCGUGCAGCGUACAGACGUAGCGAAGUGCCAAGGGAGGAGUGGCCGGUAAUUCCUGAUUUCGACGUUGAAUAUCCUCCAGAUAUUGACAAGAUUAUUUCGACCGUUUUAAACAUUCCGGGAGUAUUCGGAUGCUCGAAGAAACGAGUCGGACUGUUUAUUGACAUCAAAGCCAAUGAUGAGCAUGUCAGAGAAUCAAUUUUGCAAAACGUAAGCAAAAUAAUGGAUGAAAAUCAAAUUCGUCGUGUUGUGUGCCGUGUUUGUACCUUUACACAUUUGAGUGUGAAAUCAGGUGAUCCGAUAGAUGUUCACGGAGCACAAGGUACGCUUGGUGGCUUUGCGGAAAAACGCGAUGCUCUCGUUGAAUCACCCCAAUGUCAAACAACGGAGAUAAGAGGGAAUACAGAAGAAACACUUUAUCUUCGGGACGAAAAUAAAUUAGUUGCUUUAAUAUCCGGACACUUGAGUUUCCCCGAUAGUCCAUCAGUAGCUGACAGGACAAGGUAUUUAACCUCGCAAAAGCAAACAAUCGGUCAUUUUGAAGUUCCGGAUCGGGAAGAAUGGAUUGAUAUGGUAUGUGUUGAAGUUUAUGACGAGUUUAGAGGGGUUUGUGAAACAAAGUUUAGAAAUGAAUACGGAGUUAGCCUUUUUGCAGACCUCUUCGACCACGAAUCGUUAGAGCAUUGGGAAUUCUCUCCUGUGCAUAUUUGGGGAGCUAAGACGUCGCCGGGUUUAGGACAAAUUCUUGAAACAAAUUAUGUAGUGAAUGGAGUACCCGGUAAAUUUAUUGUCAUAUCUGAACGAAAGAGCGACAAGCUUUUCAGCGCACCUGGAGAUAGUGGAUCGAUUGUUUGUGGAACUGACAGAAAAAAGAGCUUUUUAGCCAUUGCGAUGCUGAUAGGAGAAAUACAAAGCAAAGACGAGAAGUCACCAAAUAGAUAUUUAGCAUUGGUUCUCAAAGACGGUCUGAAUCAUAUUGCAAAGAAAUGUGGUUGUGUGUUUAGUCUUUGUAAAGCUAGUUCAUGAAUGCAGUAAAUGUUUUUUUAUAUUGUAAUUAACUUUUAAACAAUGUUUUAACAAAUCCCCUAUCCCCUAGCUAUGCAUUUACUACUACAUACUACUUUAGUUAUACUGUUUUCGCCAAAAGUGAACAAGAAAACAGUAUUCCUGAAUGACAAUUCGAUUGGAAUAUAAACAAGUUUGUGUUUUGUUUUGUUUUACCUAACCGAGACAGACCGUGUUACUUGAAAAGAUGAUGGCAAUUAAAGUUUCAAAGGAAGACGACCAAUAAUAUGCUUAUGUUUAAUUCAGUUUAUGAUGAUUCUUUGUUACUUGAACGAACUAAUCAAACAUAUACACUUUAGGACCAACCAUACUCAUGGCAUGGUCAGCAAAUUGUGACUGCAUAUAAUAUAUGUACUCUUUUAUAUACUAUAUUAUUUAUACAUAUAUAUUAAGAAGGCUAACAAUUGGGAAAUUGGGAAAGUUUGGGAUCAGGCCAUUUUACUUCAUAUAAAUAUAACAAAAGAAACCAAAAUAUGGUACCCUACUGUAUCAUGAUAGUCUUAAAGAUGGGUGUAGUAUUUAUCAUGUUGCGAGGUUAUUUAUCAACAAAAAAUAAGUUGUUGAUGUAACAAAAUAGCAGCAUAAAAAUGCACAUUUUUCUAACUAGAAUUAAGAAUAUUAUAGAUUAUGUUAAUAAGUAUCAUAGUUUUAUGUCAAUAAAGUAUUCAUUUGUCAUAAUGUCAAAUGUCAUUUUU